UAACCCCUGCUACUCUAUAUUCCUCCCGAUUCCUCCAAGCUCCAUGUGCUUGAUGGAAGUGGAAAACGAUGUAAACAACGUUUAGUGUUUUUGCGUGUACAUACAUGACGUAAUUUCAAUUAAAACCGGCCUUUCUUUGUGGCGAAAGUACAUUGUAAAAUCAGUGUUAUUUUCAUUUUUUAGAGAAUUAUAAAGUUAAAAAAUUAGAGGCCGGUGGUACAAGGAAUUUGUUAUAAUGGAUGAAAGUAUUAAUUUACGAAGUGACACUUAAAUAUUUGAAGAGUUUGUUUUAAACUUGGACCCAAAAAUAAAGAAGUAGCAUAAUUAGUCACUGAUCAUCAGUCACCAAAAUGAAGUUAACAGUCGAUGGACUUCUAGUAUAUUUUCCUUAUGAUUAUAUCUACCCAGAACAAUAUGCAUAUAUGUUGGAACUGAAGAGAGCAAUAGAUGCAAAGGGUCAUUGCCUUCUAGAAAUGCCUUCAGGGACUGGUAAAACCGUUUCUCUUUUAUCCUUAAUUGUAGCAUAUAUGAUGGCACAUCCUUUGGAUGUCUCAAAAUUGAUCUAUUGUUCUCGAACUGUACCUGAAAUUGAGAAGUGUAUUGAAGAACUGAAGAAAUUGCUAGCAUAUUAUGAAAAGGAAACGCUUCAAAAGCCAAAAUUAGUUGGGCUAGUUCUUUCUUCACGGAAAAACUUGUGCAUUCAUCCAGAGGUUAGCAAAGAAAGGGAAGGAAAAGUUGUUGAUGGACGUUGUCACAGCUUGACAGCAACAUACGUACGUGAGAGGCAUCAUUAUGAUGAGACUGUGCCACUGUGCACAUUUUAUGAAGGUUUCGAUAUAGAAGGGAGAGAAGCUCCUUUGCCACCAGGUGUAUAUAACAUUGAUGAUUUGAAAGAAUAUGGCAGAGAAAAGAAUUGGUGUCCAUACUUUCUUGCCCGGUACACUAUAAGUCAUGCCAACAUAGUUGUAUACAGUUAUCAUUAUCUUCUGGAUCCUAAAAUAGCAGAAGUGGUGUCAAAGGAACUAUCCAAGUCAUCUGUAGUUGUUUUUGAUGAAGCUCACAACAUAGAUAAUGUGUGUAUUGAUUCUAUGAGUGUAAAGAUAAAUCGAAGAAUUAUUGAAAAGAGUACUGCAAAUCUUCAGUUCUUGGAACGCACUAUUACUGAAAUGAAAGAAGAUGAUGUUCAAAAGUUAAAAGAAGAAUAUCAUAGGAUGGUGGAAGGAUUAAGAGAUGCAAACGAAGCUCGUGAGACAGAUGUCAUUCUUGCCAAUCCUGUAUUGCCAACUGAAGUUCUGCAAGAGGUUGUUCCUGGAAACAUACGCAAUGCUGAACAUUUUGUAGGGUUUUUAAAGAGAUUCGUCGAGUACUUAAAAACACGGUUGAGAGUGCAACAUGUUGUUCAAGAAUCUCCUGCUGGCUUUCUUAAAGACGUGUACCAAAAAGUGUGUAUUGAAAGGAAACCCUUGAGGUUUUGUCAUGAACGUUUGGCAUCAAUGCUUCGCACAUUAGAAAUAUCUGACCUCACUGAUUUUUCUCCUCUUAUUUUGAUUACCCAUUUAGCUACGUUAGUAUCAACAUACACCAAAGGUUUCACAAUUAUUGUAGAACCUUUUGAUGAUAAAACCCCAACAGUUUCAAAUCCUAUUCUUCACUUCAGUUGCCUUGACUGUUCCAUUGCCAUUAAGCCAGUUUUUGAUCGUUUUCAAACAGUGGUCAUUACAUCAGGUACUCUGUCUCCUCUUGACAUGUAUCCAAAAAUUCUGGAUUUCCAUCCAGUGAUUAUGAGUUCCUUUACUAUGACUCUCGCAAGGCCAUGCCUUCUUCCUAUGAUAGUUGCAAAAGGUAAUGACCAAGUUGCCAUAUCAUCACGUUAUGAGACUCGAGAUGAUGUGGCUGUUAUAAGAAACUAUGGCCAGCUAUUGGUUGAAGUUGCCUCGUCUGUUCCUGAUGGAAUUGUGUGUUUCUUUACAUCAUAUUUAUACUUAGAAUCAGUUGUUGCAAGUUGGUAUGAUCAAGGAGUUGUGGAUAAUUUACAACGACAUAAACUGUUAUUCAUUGAAACUCAAGAUUCAGCUGAAACAAGUCUGGCUCUCUUAAACUACAUCAAGGCAUGUGAGAGUGGUAGAGGAGCUGUUCUGCUCUCUGUUGCCCGAGGAAAAGUAUCAGAAGGAGUGGACUUCGAUCAUCAUCUUGGUCGUGCUGUUCUUAUGUUUGGAAUACCAUAUGUGUACACCAAGUCACGAAUUUUGACAGCCCGAUUAGAAUAUCUCAGAGAUCAGUUUCAGAUUAAAGAAAGUGACUUUUUAACUUUUGAUGCCAUGCGUCAUGCUGCUCAGUGUGUAGGGAGAGCCAUUCGAGGCAAAACGGAUUAUGGUAUCAUGAUUUUUGCAGAUAAGAGAUUCUCAAGAAUAGACAAAAGAAGCAAGUUGCCCAAAUGGAUCCAAGAGCACUUAAAGGACUCAUUGUUGAAUUUAUCAACUGAAGAAGCAAUACAAAUUGCCAAGCGGUGGUUACGACAAAUGGCUCAGCCAUUUAGUAGAGAAGAUCAGCUAGGAGUAUCCUUACUUACUCUUGAACAACUUCAAAAUGAACAAAAGAAACAGAAGCAACAAGAAGAAGAAGAAAUGGAUGAAGAAAAUGAAGUGUAAAGAAAUGUUUUUCAUAUAAACAUUUUAUAAAUACAUGUCAAUUUUUUUUAUACAUGAACAAUAAACUAUCUAAUUUAAUUAUAAAUACAGUAUUAAAUGAGUGAGUAGAUUCAAAAUAAAUAUUAUUUUGUACAAGAUUUAUAGACAGUAGUUUUCUUAAGAGCAGCAUAUUUCUCAAAGUGGAUUUCAGAUAUUCUUGAUCGAUCUUGAAUAUAAAGAAAUGUCAAAAUGUAAUAAGUUAUUCAAGUUUCCGUCAACAGAACUUAAUAAUCUGCAACUUUUAAAUGAAAAUAAUUCAUUGAGUUCUCAUAAGGAAGAUCAUAUCACAAAUUCUUCAACUCAUACAUACUUUAUUGACAGUUGAAAUGGGAAAAUUUGAAAAAUACAGUUUGGUUGAUGAAUUAAUUGGUUUGUGAAUAUGAUUGACGUUGCAGUGACAUUUAGCUGCAUGUAAUAUCAACUUCAAUAAUGUUCAUUGUUACAUGCCAGCCCUCAACCUGCUUGU